AUGACACUCCCCCACAUCACAGUCCUCGGCUCCCUCAACAUGGACCUCGUGGCCUACGUGCCGCAUCAUCCCCUGCCCGGUGAAACCCUCACAGCCGACGCCUUCGCAACAUCCCCCGGCGGCAAGGGUGCCAACCAGGCCGUUGCGUGCGCCAAACUCUCACGGGACCGUCCCAUCGAAGAGCACAAAGAGGGCGGCCCCUGGAAGGGCGAGACCGCGCACGUGUCUAUGGUUGGGGUUGUCGGCAAGGACGGGUACGGUUCCCAGCUGAGGGGGAAUCUCGCCCGGUAUGGGGUGGACGUGUCAGGGGUAGUAGAAAGUAAGGAGGCGACGACGGGCGUCGCGCUGAUCAUUGUUGACAAGCCGACGGGGGAGAACAGGAUUGUGCUGAGUCCCGGGGCGAAUCAUGUCCUUACGGAAGGAGAUUUCAAAAAUGGGUUGGGAUUGUUGGGAGAAGGGAAGCCGGAUUUGUUGAUCAUGCAGUUGGAGAUCCAGUUCGGGGCCGUGUUAGCCGCGCUGAAGGCGGCGAAGGAGGCUGGAGUGGAUGUGUUGUUGAAUCCGGCACCGGCGAGGAAGUUGCCUGAUGAGGCGUAUCAGGGGUUGGCGCAUUUGGUGGUGAAUGAGACGGAGGCGUCGAUUUUGGGGGAGGUGGAGGUGAGUGUGUUGGAUACGGAGGAGGGGUUGGAGAGGGUCGCGAGGGGGUUUGUGGAGAAGGGUGCGAGGAAUGUGAUCAUCACUCUAGGGGGGAGGGGAGUGUAUUAUAUGAGCAGGGAUGGGAGGAAAGGGCUGACGCCGGCUGAGAAGGCGAAGGUUGUUGAUACCACGGCAGCGGGGGACACGUUUGUGGGCAUGUAUGCCCUGGAUGCGGUCGGAAAGAGGGACGGGGAGUUUGAUAUUGAGGCUGCGGUGAAGAAGGCAAAUAAGGCGGCCGCGAAGACGGUUGAGAGAGCUGGCGCGCAGGAUUCGAUUCCCUGGAGGGAUGAGCUAGAGUAG